AUGCUGACCCUACUGCUAAUAUUCGCAUUCCUACUCUACGUUCUUUUAAUAAAUUAUAAAGCUCUUAAAGAGUUUUUGACGACGCGUAAACGCGCUGUAGAGCUUCUAAAAACAAUCCCUGGACCACCUACCGUACCCCUACUUGGCAGUGCGCAUCUUUUUAAAUGGGAUAAUGAAGAUUUCACUUAUCAACUUGAUGGUUGGUUCCGAGAAUAUGUCGCCACGGCUGUGCCCUGGACCGGCAUGCUUAAGAUUUGGCUCGGACCAGUGCCAAUCGUGAUUCUUACAACAAGCGAUGCUAUGAAGCCGGUCCUGGAAAGUAGCACGCUGAUCACGAAAUCAAAGCAAUAUGGCUCUUUACAAAUGUGGCUCGGGGAGGGGUUGUUAAUUAGCAAAGGUAAAAAAUGGCAAACGCGUCGUAAAAUGCUGACCCCUACCUUUCAUUUCAACAUCCUGCAAGGCUUCCAUGAGGUAUUCUGCCGGAAUGCCCAGAUUCUAGUCGACGUGAUCGAUCAGAAAUUAACAAAAAACCAAUCGAUCGAUCUAUUUCCGUUGAUUAAAAGAUGUACGCUUGAUGUUAUCUCAGAAAAUAAAGAUUAUGUCGAGGGCGUAACGCGGAUCAGUCAAUUAGCGUGGGAUCAUGAAAGGUUUCCAUGGCUGUGGCCAGCUCCGAUUUGGUAUGCGACGGGGCAAGGCUUUGAAUUCCACCGAUUGGUCCGAGAGUCAAACGACUUCACGCGGCGGGUAAUCAAACAACGCCGUGAGACGUUAGAAGCUCAGGGACUAUUGGAACAAAUGAAGACGAUGAGCCCAGAGGAAAUGAAGAAGCACAAGUUCUCGUUUCUUGAUUUAUUGCUGGGGAUGCAGGUGGCACAAAAUUUGAGCGACGAAGAUAUUCGAGAAGAGGUGGACACGUUCAUGUUUGAGGGUCACGAUACGACAUCAUCGGCUAUCGGAUAUGCGCUAUGGUGGCUUGGCCAAGAACUGGAUGUACAACAGCGCUGCCAUGAUGAAAUCGACUCGAUUUUUGGUGACUCUGACCGAGCGAUCACCUCGGACGACUUGAAGCAGUUGCCAUAUUUGGAGAUGUGCCUAAAGGAAUCGCUACGGUUAACCCCGCCAGUCCCAUUAAUGGCCCGGGUCUUGGACCAUGAUGUUGAAAUCAACGGUAACACGCUUCCCAUAGGGCUGACGGUCAUCAUUACCCCAAUGGCAGCUGGAAGGGAUCCUAGACAAUGGGACCACCCUGAUGUCUACGAUCCUGAUAAUUUUCUACCGGAAGUCAUCGCAAAACGAGAUGCCUAUGCGUUCGUACCUUUUUCAGCUGGACCCAGAAAUUGCAUAGGCCAAAAAUUCGCAAUGGCCGAGGACAAAAUCGUGGUCGCCACCUUGCUGCGAAAGUUCCGGUUCUUAACAUCCAAGCCAUUCCCCAACAACCGCUUCAUCCCCGAGAUUAUUUUAAAGCCCUCCUGCGGAUUUGAAUUUAUCAUCCAAAGGCGGCGC